UAUGAUCGUCGAACACAUUUGUGACAUUAUUAAAAAAAACUAGAAGGGUACAUAUUGAUUCAUAUUUUUAAUGAUAAUUAGAUGAGUCAAUAGUAUAUAAGCGACGUGUAGAAUAUUUGAGCUGUAGUCAAUUUUUUAUCGCCUACAAAAUAAUUAAAUAUUGUAAGAGAUUGGAAGUAAGUUGCAAAAUACUUGAAAUGUAUUCAAAACUAUCCUAUUUGUUUCUAAUUGGGUUAAUCAGCCAGAGUAUUGCUGCACCAAAUUUAAUCGAUGAAUUCACUGUUGAUGAAGCAACAGAAAAUUUUUAUUUUAAAAGCAUGCGGUCAUACGUACAAGAAUGUCUACAUCGAGAUAAUUCAAGCAGUUUUAAUCUAGAGUUGUUAGAAAAUCAGAUUAAUGAGUCCUCUAACAUUGAAAACAUCUUAUCAUUGGACGAGAUUGCAGAACUAGUAGAAAUCGUAUUUGACAAUCUUAUGAAUGGAUUGGACAAAGAUAACUUUUCGGAGAUAGUUGAACAGGCCAGUGAAGAUCUUAAUUGGGUUGUUAAGUCAGGAAGAGAAACAGAUCUAAACGACAUCGUAAAAAUAGUAGCUAAAUCAAGUAAAAAGUUCAUGGAAGUUGUUAUGACUCGUGAUGAGGAUUUUAAAGAAAUACACUCUUUAAACUACGAGUUUAUAAAAGCAGUUGUACUAAAUCAAUAUCCAGAAUUGUUCAGAUAUUUCCUAUAUUUCUUGCAGCAUAUUAUAGAUGAGGUCGAUCACUAUCAAGAAUCAAAUGACUUUGAUGAAGCAGCCAAAGCUCUCAAAUCAACGAUUGAACAAACUAGAAAUGAAAUCAUCAAUUCACCAAAUGUAUAUAAUGAUCAAGUAUUCAAAUCAAUGGCGACAUCAAUCAAUAGAUUGGCUAAUGAGAUUUCAUUUCUUUUCAAUAUGGACCUGUCUGAUGAUAACAAAUUCAGCGCUACACGAUGCUUGGCAGAAGAUGCAGUGGAGGCGAUGUUCAUGCAAGCAUUCAUGAUUCAAUUCCGCUCAGCAAUCGACUCAUAAGAUGAUUUUACGACAAAGUAUGUCUACGAGAUAAUGAAAUGUAAAAAAACUAAUGGAAUGAUGGAAAAAUUUUUAAAAAUAAAUCUGG